AUGUUACAAUGGAUGAAGGCCGUUACUGGUUCCGAUUUGGACGAAGGUGAAGUUAGCUCAACUAUCUCUCUUUAUGAGCCAAAUGAUUAUCUCCUUUGUCACGAUGACGAACUGGAGCGCCGACGCAUCGCCUUUAUCAUCUACCUGGUUCCAGAGGAUUGGGAUGUCGCCAUGGAUGGUGGAACCCUUGACCUCUACGAAUCCGGUCCCACUCCCGGCUGCAACGUGGUACCACCCGGAUCUGGUGACUAUCACCCCUGGCGAGUCGUCCGUUCUCUGCCUCCUGGUCGCAAUUGUUUGGCUUUCUUCGAGGUCUGUUCGAAAUCAUUUCAUCAGAACCUCGGAAUCGACAGACAAGUUCUCAGGGAAAAUUCAAGCCCCUUCUCUUUUGUUUGCCUUGACGACAGGUGGCGGAGGAACGUAAGUGUGCUGCCCUACGCCACAGAGGCGGAGGUGGCGGCGAAAUUGCCCUUGGAUUGUCAUGAGGUGCGACGUUUAUUCACCUCAGAAGCGAUGCUUCUCCUCCUCUCCCAAAUGACUGGCAUCAGGCUUCACCCCUUAGCCCGUUGUGGUGCUGAGAAGGCGGAGGAAGUGGAGGACGACAAUGGCAGCGAAGCUAAGCGAAGUCGUUUUGAAGAGACAACAAACACUGAAGUGACUGCUCCGCGAUUCCAUCGCUGGUGUGCUGGCAUGUACACACUGCUGGCCGAUGCGGAAUCUGGUGUCAUCGCCACAACCGCGCCUGAUGGUGGUGUUUCUACCUGGCGCUUGGAUCUUUUCUAUCAUGUCGGUGGCUACGGAUGCAAACUGGGCGAGAAGGCGAAAGCGAUCACCGAGUCGGCCACCGGUGGUAACAAUAGUGGCAUCAGUAACAGCAGCGAUGGUAACAAUCAACUCUACUGGCAGGACUGCUGGAAUGGGCAGAUCAUCUACGUUUCCAGGACGGAUAAUGAGGAGUUGCUGCGCGUCCAACCUGAGGACAACGCGUUAACCCUGGUGUACUGCGACGCAGCGGACAGUGCGAAAUUUGUACGAUACCUCAACGUCAAGGCAGCACCUCUUGCAUUACCAGGAGCCUCUACCACAACCCCUUCCUUUGCCUAUGAUGUGGCAGUCAGCUACUUCCAUGAGGACGAUGAAGCUGAUGAUGAUGACAGUGAGGAAGGUGAUGGGGAGGUUGAAGACGACACCUCCUCUGAUGAAGAAGAGGAAGAAAGUUUGCAUGAAGCAGAGGAUAAUGACAGUCAUUCUGAUGAGAUGGAGGCUGCAACGUGA